CCCAUAAUGCCUUGCUUUCUUCGGAACUGAAAGUACUUAAAAUUAGAAAACAUCCUGGAACAUGUGGAGAUCGUCCCUGAAGCGAUCUCCCAGGAGAUAUCCCAUAGAAGUCCCACGAAUGAGUAAUAAAAAACACCCCGCCCAACAAUGGGAAGCGGUUUUGAAAAGCUUUAUUCCUGAACUCAGCGUCAUUUCCCGCACCCUGGGCGUGGUUGCCUUCUCUUUGCCGCUAGAUUGGGCUUGAUACCGGUGUUGAAGAAAAUGAAGGCUUCUCGGAGCUCAGAGCGCCCGGGCACUGUGGGGCGCCUUGGAGCUUUCUGCUACGGCGGAGCCCAGCUGGCCAUCCUGCUGCUGUUCCUUCCGCCAUCAAUUUUGGGUAAAUCAUGUGCAACUCCUAAAGAUCCUCAGAAUGGCAUAGUUCGUGUACUCACAGACACUCAGUUUGGAUCCAGUAUUAAUUAUACUUGUAAUACAGGAUACCACCUCAUUGGUUCCUCCACUGCUGUGUGCAUAAGCUCAGAUAACGGUCUCAUUUGGGAUAAUGAGACACCUAUUUGUGAGAGAAUUCCUUGUGAAGCACCCCCAGUCAUUACCAAUGGAGAGUUCCUUGCUCCUACAGAAGAUUUUUAUUAUGGAAUGGUGGUCACCUAUCGCUGUCAAACUGGUGAUAGAGGGAAAAAGCUCUUUAAUCUGGUGGGUGAGCCAUCCUUACACUGUACCAGCAAUGAUGGUGAAGUUGGAGUCUGGAGUGGCCCUCCUCCUCAGUGCAUUGAAUUAGGCAAAUGUACACCUCCUCAUGUUAAAAAUGCAGUCAUGGUGUCUGAAAGCAAAAGCUUGUUUUCCUUAAGAGAUACUGUGGAGUUUAGAUGUCAGCCUGGCUUUAUCAUGGAAGGAAUCAGCAGUGUACAGUGUCAAGACCUAAACAAAUGGGAGCCAGAGUUACCAACCUGCUUCAAGGUGAAAUCCUGUGGUCCUUUCCUGGACCAGCUUCCUAAUGGGAAUGUACUAUUUCCACUAAAUCUUCAAACUGGGGCUAAAGUGUCCUUCGUUUGUAAUAAAGGGUUUAAAUUAAAAGGCAAUUCUGCUAGUUACUGCAUUCUGGCCGGAAGGGACAGUAUUUGGAAUAGCAGUGUUCCUGUGUGUGAACGAGUGACAUGUAUCAUCCCAGAGUAUAUGAGUGGAAUCUGUGAGGAGCUGAAAAUGAAAAAAUAUUACUAUGAAGAUAAUGUAACCUUGGAAUGUAAGGAUGGGUAUACUCUAGAUGGCAGUUCUCAGAGCCAGUGCCAGUUAGAUGCCACCUGGGAUCCUCCUCUGGCCAACUGUGUAUAUCAGUUUAGGGAGCUAAGACAAGAUCCAAUGUGGGUCCCUGAGCGACUGAUAAGACAGAUCCAGGACCAUGAAGACCAUGAAGUUGGUGCUGACAAUACUAUGGCCCAUUCUGCUGAUGAUUCCGAAUGGACGGAUGGAACCAAGAUGGGGGAUCCUCUCCGUAUUCCCACGACCAAUGCCGAUUCAUCAUGA